AUGAACGGCACCUCGGAGGCCAAUGGUACAUCGAAGAAGGCAAAGUUGCUCUGGAAGCAUGCCUCGCCACAUUCCACGCCCAUGUACAAGUACAUGCAAAGAGUGAACAAGGUGUAUGGAAAAGACAUCUCAGAAUACCAGGAUCUUCACCAAUGGAGCGUGGACAACACCGACCAUUUCUGGCGCAGUAUAUGGGAUGUUGUUGGCGUCCGACAUGAAGGGCCAUAUUCGAUGGCUGUGGAUCCCAAAGCACCCAUGUUUCCUCGUCCCAUAUUCUUUCCAGGCACGAUGCUCAACUUUGCAGAGAAUCUGCUGUUCCCUACGCAGGAAGUUGAUCCCAAUUCGCCCGCCGUCAUCGCCGCGACAGAGACAACACGAGAAACCGUAACAUGGUCGGAGCUGAGAGAACAAGUCAGAAAAUGUCAGGCCGGCAUGCUGGCCAUGGGUUUGAAAGUGGAUGAUCGGGUCGCCGGUUAUCUUGCGAACCACACACACGCUCUCGUCGCAAUGCUCGCAACAACUUCUCUCGGUGGGAUAUGGACGGCUGUCAGUCCUGAUACUGGUGUACACGCUGUCCUUGAGCGCCUUCGCCAGAUUGAGCCGAAGCUCCUCUUCGCGGACAACGCUGCUUUCUACAAUGGGCGAAGUCAUCCCGUGUUGCCCAAGGUAGUGGACAUUGCACGCGACCUGCCCUCUCUACAGGCUAUUGUCGUUCUUCCGACUGUGGACUCAGUAACGACCGAAUUGGACCCUACUUGCUUGUCAUCUGGAACCGUGUACGAUUACGCGACAUUCAUCGCCUCAAAAAGUGUGACAGAGCUCACGUUCAAGCAACUUCCGCCAGAUCAUCCGGUCUACAUACUUUAUUCAAGUGGAACCACGGGGGCACCGAAAUGCAUUGUUCAUAGUGCGAUUGGUACUUUGCUUCAACACAAGAAAGAGCACAUUCUCCAUUGCUCGAUACAGCCCGGCUCACGUCUCUUUUACUUUACGACUUGUACCUGGAUGAUGUGGCACUGGCUCGUCUCAGGCCUAGCAUCAGGGGCAACACUUGUCCUUUACGACGGCUCCCCCUUCCGAUAUGUCGACGAAACAGAUCCUUCGACCUCAGUCGCAGAUGAUCUUGCUAUGCAUCGCCUCAUCGACGAGUUCCAAAUUACCCACUUUGGUACCUCCGCAAAGUACUUGUCCAUACUGGAGCAGAAGUCUGUCAACCCCAAAGCUGCAGGUCUACGACUGGACAAGCUUGAAGCUAUCUACUCCACAGGGUCGCCGCUUGCGCCAUCUACAUUCUCAUACGUGUAUUCGGCUUUCCCAAACACAAUAAACCUUGGCAGCAUCACUGGUGGUACCGAUAUCAUUUCGUUGUUUGGUGCUCCAAACCCUCUUCUCCCUGUAUAUGAAGGCGAAAUCCAAGGGCCGGGUCUGGGUAUGGCAAUUGCAGCAUGGGACUACACCGGAGCCGACAUUUCCUCCACCGGUGAACCGGGUGAUCUAGUUUGCACCAAACCGUUUAUAUGUCAGCCAGUCGCGUUCUGGGGGUCAGAGGGAGCGAACAAGUAUAAGAAGUCUUACUUUGACAUAUUUAAGAACGCGAGCGGUCAACCCAUUUGGCACCACGGCGACUUCGUACGUUUCAACCCCGAGACUGGUGGUCUCUGGAUGCUUGGACGUAGUGAUGGCAUUCUCAAGCCGGCUGGCGUCCGCUUCGGGUCUGCUGAAAUCUACAAUGUAGUGCUGGAGCACUUCCCCAAGGAAAUCGCCGAUGCCUUGUGUAUCGGCCGGCGGAGGGAGACUGACAUGGACGAGGCUGUUGUACUAUUCUUAAAGAUGACAGAAGGCCAUCAAUUGUCUUCCGAUCUCAUCAGCAAGAUAAAUUUGACCAUCAAGAAUGCUCUCAGUGCGAGACAUGUCCCGGCCGUGAUCGACGCGUGUCCUGAGAUCCCGAUUACCACCAACGGAAAGAAGGUUGAAGGAGCCGUGAAGCAGAUCCUUUGUGGAUUGAACGUGAAGACCAGUGCCAGUGUCGCAAACGUGGAGUGUCUGGACUGGUACCGGGAGUGGGCGAGGACACACUAA